AUGUAUUUUGAUUGUGGUACUUUAGAUGAUUGGCUAUCCUACAAUACAGUCAAAGUGGUCAGAAUUAGAGAUCGUAGAUUAGGUAUACUUCAUUUGACAUUUCUAUUAGGUAUUUUUGUAUAUGUCGUCGUUGUAUCUAUAUUUAUGAACAAGGGUUAUUUGGAAGUAGAAAUCCCAAUUGGAUCAAUCAGAACAUCAUUAAAACCUCCAGUAAACUAUACCUAUCCAUUACCAUAUUGUGGUAAUCAACCAGGAUUUAAUUCAACAUUAUUCCAUAAUAUAACAUGUCAAUAUUGGGAUGAGAAUCUUGUUGUCUUUCCAAUUGGCGAGAGAGACUCUUUUACAGCCUCAACAAGAGUAAAGACUUCUAGUCAACAUGCUGAUGGAUGUGAUUUUACCAAUCCAAAUUGUACAUAUACCGAAGAUGACCCAAACAGUAUUUUUAUUGCUGAUAUUGAAAAUUUUACUUUAUUGAUUGAUCACACAUUAUACGCACCACAAUCCAAAGUUCAAAAGAAUUCUCAACAAUUAAGUGGAUAUAUCGAAAAUGAAGAAGGUGAUCUUAUUACUCUUGAUGUAUGUGUUUUAGAUGGAGUCAAUUCAAUUGGAAUAUCAGGUCAACCAGAUAUUGUUACACUUGGAAAAAUAUUACAAUUUGCAGGUAUUAGUCUUGAUGAUCGUUCAUUGACCAAUGCAUCCAAUUCAAUGAGAUAUGAUGGUGUAAAUAUAUUUGUAUUUAUUACCUAUUCAAAUACCUAUUCAACAAAUCUCGAUAAAUAUAGAUAUGUUUAUUCUGUAAGCGUAAUUGAAAAUACAGAAUAUUCAGUUGUAGAACCAAUCUAUCAAAAUGAUAUUCAACAUAGAUAUCUAUAUCGUAGACAUGGAAUUCGAUUAUUAUUCGUUCAAACAGGUGAAGUUGGUAAAUUUGAAUUCCAACAACUUUUGUUGACAUUGGUCAGUGGUAUGGGUCUUUUGGCUGUAUCGACCAUUGUUGUCGAUCAACUUGCCAUUCGUAUCCUUCCACAAAAGAAGACAUACAGUUCAUUCAAAUUCCAAGUUACUGAAGGUCUCAAGGGAUCAAAAAUGAAAAAGGUUGUUACAAAUGAUGAAGGUGAAGAUAUCGUUUAUAAAAACAUUGAGGACCUUUAG